AUUGUGGCUACUGUCCUUCUUGGACUCUUCCUGACACCAACCCUUGCUCAAUUUCUUCAGAAUCUGAAUCCAGCCAAGCAAGUCAAUGUUGGUGGAGCCUACCAAACUGUGAGCUUCAACAAGGAAUUGCGUUUGGUAACCAUUGAGGACAGGUACGCCCGUGUGCCAUGGAGAAGCAUUUGGAACUACGAUGGAGGCUACCUGGCAACCAGAGUGAUGCCCGAGGGAAUUUGCUUGAUUUCUGUAAUGAACAGAAGGGAGAUGCCUGCCUUUGAGACACUUCCCAGACUGGCUGAAGAAGGCAGGUUCCAGCUUGGUCAAGCUCAAGGAAUACCUCUGAGGGAGCUCACAUACAUCUACAACAGGAGACCCAUCUUUGACCUCCAGCAGUACGGAUCAGAGAUCGUCGCUAUGUGCAGAGGAAUCCCAAGCUACCUGGCUUAUGAAGCUCGUGGUUUUUCAGAGGUGGAAUGA